AUGCCGAGGAAGAAGCCAAGGUUCCAUUCGCUGAAGAAGCUGAACGUGCGCCAGGACUGGUCUCGCUGGUCACUCUACAGCCUCUCGCAGCUUAAAGCCCCAAACGUCGUCUCCCGAACCUACUUCCAGCAGAAAUGGACCGCCAAGGCAUCCACGCGAGCCUAUCACGGCGAGCAGCUGCGGGAGAAGAAGUGGAAGCGCCAAUUCAGUAGGAACUUACCCGCUGUCGUUGGUAUGGAUCACAAGUAUCUGGCGCGACACGAUGGAUCCGAGCAGGCUGCUGGACGUGGAGCAGGCGCAGAUACCCAGGACAAGGAGAGGACGCCGCCCAUGACACCCUACAUGCAGAUGGCCUACUACCCGCUCGAGCGGCGACUGGACACGGCCAUCUUCAGGGCCCUGUUCGCGAGCAGUGUGAGGCAGGCGAGGCAGUUUGUUGUCCAUGGCCUAGUCAAGGUCAAUGGCAAGAAGAUGCCCUAUCCCGGUUAUAUGCUCAACCCAGGCGACAUGUUCCAAGUCGAGCCCUCGUCCGUCAUGUUUGCAACCGGUGCCCAGAAAUCUCGCUCUGCAACCGCUCGCCGUGUCGCCAAAGAGAAGGGUGCCGCCCGCGCAGAGGCCCGCGAACAGGCUGGUGGUCAGACCCCUAGACAGCCACAGGCAGACGUCGCUCUUGCCCAAUCAACCCGCGAAGCGCCCACACCAACCGAGCUGAAGAAACACCUACAAGAGUUGAUGGAGCAGGUCGAUCAAGUCUUGGUCGAAGAUGUCAAAGCAAAGGACAAGCAGAAGUUCCGCGCAUUCAGGCAGAGUGUGAGGAAGGCCAUCUCACUUUGGCGGUCGGCAAAUCCCGAAACCAUCUCAACAUUAGACACGCAAUUCGAUUUCCUCAAGACGCAAAUCGCCGAACGAUCCGCUGCCUCGACCCCCUCGUCCAAGGACACGACCGUGCCCGAACCGCUUAUAUCAGAGGAAGACCAAGCACGCCUUCGCUCUGCCUUUGAGAAGCUACGGCUGGAGACUGAACACACGUCUGCAUGGAACUCACGGAAUGCUGCGGCGCCGUAUGCCACGCCCUGGCGGCCGAGGGACUAUAUGAGCGCGUUUGCUUUUAUACCGAGAUAUCUGGAGGUGAACCAAAACGUUUGCGCAGCAGUAUACCUCAGACACCCGGUGGCAAGGCCGGGCCUGGCCGAAGUACCAACUCCUUUCCAUAUUGAGACCGGGCAGCUGGCUUUCAACUGGUAUCUUAGGAAUCGGUAG